GCGCCGCAACGAGCACGUCAGUCCGCGCGCGCGGGCCAUGGUCGCGAGAACCGAUGAGAGCAUGUUCGGGUGCUAUGGUGACAGCUACUCGUACCGCCUGUGGAGCCUGGCCAACGUGUGGGGCGCCUGCCGAUGUGAGUAGCGCGCCGCCAGCGGCCCGCAGUACACGUGCCCCCCUCGAUACUGAAACUAGGACUUUUACCGCUGACGUCAGCGGAGGCUGUGAAAUCUCGGUGUAAUACGACGUAGAUGCGAUUUCCACACCGCGAAGUGCUUAACGCGUUAUUAGAUAGCCCGUGGCCGCGGUCAGUGACGUGUGAGAACAGAGGUGUCGCUCGAUGAAAGUGCAGAGCUCGUUAAUGGGAGUUGGCGGUUGGUACGAAUGCUUGGCGGCCGGUUGGCUUGCAGACAUGAGGAGUAAGCAGGUCCCAACGUCCACCACCUCGGCCAGGCGGCUUGCGGCCUUAAUCCGUCCGCUGGCGGGCGGAGGGUCAGAAGGCAAGCCGUCUGAAGAAGAGGAAGAGCGAGGUGGCUCGCCCCUAGGCCCCGGCGGCCCCUUCUCGUGCAGCCAGUGCCGUGGAGCCUACCCGACGCGCGAGCAACUCGAACGCCACGAGACCCUGCACGCGCCCAACACACAGGUGGAUACAAUCAAAUAUUCAUGCAAGAUCUGCCACAAAAGCUUCGCGAACGUAUACAGACUACAGCGGCACAUGAUCAGUCACGACGAAAGCGCAUUGCUACGCAAGUUCAAAUGCAACGAUUGUGACAAAGCUUUCAAAUUUAAGCACCAUCUCAAAGAACACUUACGAAUACACAGUGGAGAGAAACCAUUUGAAUGUGCAAACUGUGGCAAAAAGUUUUCUCACUCUGGUUCCUACUCCAGUCACAUGACGUCUAAGAAGUGUCUCGUCAUGAAUCUCAAAAUGGGACGAAUCAAACCCAAUAACCCGGCUUUAAACCCAGAAAGAAGUCCAUCACGAAAAAGGACUAAUGCUAUGGUUGCCUCACAGUUAAAUAAUAAUAUGUCACCAAAUGGAAAUUCCUUUCUUCCAAUGCCUGCUGCCUUCUUUGCUUCCAUGUCCUCUCAAGACAAUAAUUUUCAUCGCCCUCCAUUGGGGCAGCCAGGUAUUCCAUUCUAUUUGCCUCCUGGCAUACCCAUGAGUCCAGCUGGUGGUAUAGCUCCUUAUAGCUUACCAGCAUCCCUCAGCCAAAUCUUUGAGCAGCUUGCUUCAUCGCAAUAUCAAACAAGAAAGUUGGAAAAUCCUAUAAGCCCCAAACCAACAAGCCCGCCUACAGCAGACCCAGAAGAUCUGAUCGAAGAAAUAACUGAAGACGACGAUAAACGAUCAGAAGGAAGCGCCGAACUAGUGAUGGACAUUGAAGAUGAGGAAGCUGUAUCAAUAAAAAAGGAACAAGAGGAACGAAAUAUCGAUGUAAGAUCCCCAUCGCAGAAUUUUGAUGCCGUCCCUUUAAAUAAUAACGCUGACAAUUCAGGUUUUAAUUCAAUACUAGAAUCUGUGAGCGCUUCCGUUACAAAACAUUUCUUUAGAGCAAACAUGGAAAAGCUGUCUCCUAUUUCGGGCAACGUUUGUCCUAGUAUAGAGUCUCCGCCAAUUUCUCAAGUCGUGGUGAAGGAAGAACCAGAAGAAGCACAAAGAUGUUUAAAAUGCAACUUAACUUUCUCAAGCAAGUGUGAGUUAUUAGAGCAUGAGAAAACUCCUUGUGGAAAUAUGUUUAGAAAACACGAAGGUUUGGCAGCUCAAGUAGCCGAAACGGUAGCUCUUAGAUUGGAAGCAGAAAUACAUGCUUCCAUACAAAACGGAGUAAGUGCAAGCGAAGACGAAGACUUUAAUAGAGAGGAUCGCGAUGAUAAAAUAUCAAUACAUGACAAUGACAGGAAAAUUAGAGUUCGCACAGCAUUGAGUGAAGAGCAACAGUCCGUUUUGAAGGAACAUUAUUCUUUAAACCCCCGACCGAAUCGCGAGGAAUUCAAAAGAAUAGCCCAACAGAUCGGCUUAGACAAUAGAGUAGUGCAAGUUUGGUUCCAGAACAACAGAGCCAGGGAACGACGUAUGACUCAAACGAUAACCGCCUCUGAUCAACCACUAGACUUGUCUACAAAGAAGUCGAAUCCAUCAGUUACGUCAAGUCCGUCGCCAUCGCCACCAUGCAGCAUUUCUGUGACACAUUCCGACUCAGACGAGGCUGUAAAUCUUAGCCAAAAGUCCUCGCGAAGUACAACGCCUCAUCGUACCAACUAUUUGAAUACUUAUCCACAUUCCAAUUGUUCUUCAUCUUCUUUCACCGACUUUCGGUUGUCUCCUUCGCCAGGAGAAACAAUGAAUGGACAAAAAAGAUUACUACCCCAAAAAUUACACGUGAACCCUUUAGUACCCAUGGACAAACUCCUACAAUAUAACGACAUGGCCAAUGCAAGAUCUCCUAUUCUUAACAUGCAUCUGACCUCAGACGUCAAUAGACAAGGUUCGAGUCCAUUAUAUGAACGUCCUCCUUGGGAUGAAAUGCAGACAUCGAAUGAGAUUGAUGAAGAAGCCACAGUACUUAAGAAGAGCAAACUUAAGCAAGGAGCAGAGUUCAAGGAAGGCGAAGGACAAUUCGUGUGUGAUCAGUGCGAUAAGACCUUUGUCAAGCAAAGUUCACUCGCCAGACACAAAUACGAACACUCAGGUCAACGACCGUACAAAUGUCUAGAAUGUCCCAAAGCAUUCAAACACAAACACCACCUGACUGAGCACAAACGCCUUCACACCGGUGAGAAGCCUUUCCAGUGUUGCAAGUGCUUCAAAAAGUUUUCACACUCCGGCUCUUACAGUCAGCACAUGAACCACCGAUUCGCGAUCUGCAAGCCCUACAGGGACUAACACCGACAUCACAUCACUUGUUGAACUAAGUCUGGUAUCGAUUUCGUUAAAUAAUAUUACAAAUUCUAUUGCACUUGUUAAAUUCUAAACAGCACUUAAUGUCACGACGGAAUCAAGUUAACAUUUUUGAAGUUUAUUGAUUGAUAGCUAUGAUCUUAUCUAUAUAUUUUAUUGAUGGUCGACCUAAGUUACAUUCUUUUUGGAACGAACGCCGAACUUCGAGCGGCGAAUAAAUGAAGCAAUCGAUACAGACCUGAAUAUUCGCUCAGUGCUCAUAGUAACUGUAGGUACCUCAUGUUUCAGUAAACACGAGACAAAUCGCAUAAUAAUUUAUCUACCUACUCGUACAAAAAGUAUUCAUUGCCCGGUAUUUUCGUUACAAACUUAAUUAAGGUCAUUGCUCAACAUCACAAUAUUUUUAUACAUUAUAUUUACUGUAGAAAAAUUAUCUGAAAAUCCUAACAGCCAAAGUAAUGCCAAAUAUUUAGAUAUAACAAGUGCCAUGCUAACACGCCAAACAUAUACUACGGUUAAAUGAUUCAAAUUGUAGGUUUAACUAUUUAUCUAAAUACAAUACCAAAGGACAGUACCUGUAGAAUACUCCUGUAUGAUUAGAUCUUAUUUCUUUAGACAGCGUUUAGUUAGGUCAAUAAUUAAUGUUUAUUCAUUCAUCUCCACAUACAAUACGUAAUAGGUACUCGCGUAUUUCGGUUGAUAUAAUGUACUUGUGGCAAUAUAUAAAUAGAAAUAUUAACUUUUAUUUUGGACCAACGAGAUCUAGCAGCUAAAUUCGUAAAAAAUACCUGUUGUUUCCCUAUAGGUAGGUACAUUCAAUAAUUCUAUGUUGUUCUAUGGUACCUACCGUAUUAAAAAUGAAAAAUAUGGUACCUACAGUAGAAACACAUUUAAAGCUAAAUAAAAGUUUGAAUACUAUGUAUUUUCCAAUCUUUAUAAGUACCUAUAUCCGAAUGGAAAUUAAAUCAAUCACCAGUAAUCUACACACCUAUGUAUAACUCGGUUGCAUUUCUUAAACCAAAUCAAGAUUUGGUCGCGCUGACUGGUAGGGGUAAGUCCGCAAAUUGUGUAUUUUCUCAUUAUUACAUGGUUAUUGCCAUCGUUUAAUUUUAAUAUUUUAAUUACCUGUGUCUAGUUGGAAGUUUAAGGUAACAAUAACAAAGUGUCAUGUGUUGAAAAUGAAGUGAGUUGUAAUGAGUAAAUACACAACCUGCCAACUUACACCCACGACAAAAUCUAGACAUGGUUCGUGCAGGCUCUUAUACUCACGGAUAGAUAGGUUGAUAAGUUUUAUUAACUUCGAACGGAAAUCUGAGAUCGCUGUUUUAUAACGAUACAAUAACGUAAACUUAUUACAGUAGUUAAAUAAAGCCGAGUUCUACUAAGGAUUAUAGUUAAUAGUUAAAUAAACAAUAGAUAUAAAGCGUUUUCAUCACAUGGCAAUGAAAUUUACACAGUAAACUCUGGAUUACCUCGGUACUGGAAUAAAACUUUCAUCUUGAUUUACCCAAUGAACUGGUGUAGAUACAUUCAGCAAGGUAAUUAAAGGAAUCAAUAUAUUGAAUGCCAUAGUGGACAUGUAAGGAUAAUAAUUUGAAUGAAUACAAUAUUCUAAGAGAUCGAUUUAUUCAUUGUUAGCAAAACAUUUUAAAAUUUAAUAAACCUAAGCUUCUCGUAUUGUAAAACUUACAUACUAAGUGUUUAGAUAGAUUCAAUCUUAAUAAUUAAGUUUUAAGCAUUCCAUAAUACUCCUAUGGGAUCUCUGCUGUGUUUAAAAAACUCUUUAAAUUAGUCAAAAGAUUAUCGUCUGUUAAGUUGUAAAUAAUGUAAUGUACAUAUUAAGCUAUGUGUAAAUAUGAUCGCUUUGUUGCCUAUUCUUAUUCAGCAGUGGUACGUCAUCAUAGAUAUAAAUGAAUUGUGCGCUGUUCACACUGCAACACAAUCAAUGGUGACAAUAAUGGACAACUAUUUAUUGAAGGCAAUACUAUUAAAUAACUACAUGUAAUUAUAAAUAUUCGCAUCCAUAACAUAUAAAUAAUCAAGCAAAAUAUAACUACUAAUACCAGCUGUGGUACUCGCAAGUUUUUAUUUUGAUUAGAAAGUACAACGUUGUUGUUGAUGUGUGAUGUACUUAACUUAACGUAUUCUGUUAUAAGAGAUCAUGGUAAUUGUGUCAACUCCAAUCUGUCGCAACAUAAUAUUAGAACAGAAAGUUCCUACGCCAAAUACAUUUAAGAGAUACCUAAUGAUUGUUUCUAUAUUUUAAUAAAUGUAAGUACCUAGUUAAAAUUAUUCUUUAAAGGUUUCGAUGCAACGAAUUAUAUAAAUAAUUACAAGCAGUAUAUAGUAGCGAGCCAUUAAAGAGCUUGACAUUCUUCAGAUAUACAGUAUUCAAACACAUCAGGACAAUAUUGUCGGCUACUUCGCUACUAAAGUUCCAUCAUUCACAAAUGACAAUUAAGCACAGUAUACAAUGGACUCGCUGAUUUCAUUGAUAAUUAAUAAUUAUAAUAUUAUGAUUACCUGAAUAAGUGUACAUUACCUUACCUAAGUACAUGCAUGUUAUAUAAUGUAGACACCAAAUAUUGUUUGUAUCUAUCUCUUUUACUUUAUCUAAAUUGACUUAGCGAUCCUGUUUGAACUAUAUAUUUUAUGAUAUUUUUAUUAUAAGUUAUUUCCAAAUUGUGACCGGUGGGCUAGAUAAACCAAAGAUUAAUCAUAUGUUAACAAUAAUAUGAUGUGGAACACUGUAAAAUAUAAAUAUCCCAUCAUUUAGCUGUAGGUUAGUUUUACUUGUGCCAAAUGAUUAUUUUUAAGGCUUUGAAUGUAACUUUAUAUCAGAAUUUUAUUUUUACAAGACAAGGCAUUAUGUACUAUACAGAUUUGAUUACUUGUGCAAUACGAUAUUGCAGAAAAGUAUUUUCCUUUUAUGAUCGUAUGAUGAUAUAGUUUUAAGUGUAACAGAUAGCAAAUGUGAAUUCCUAUUGCCAUAUUUGUCUUUGUUGUAUUUCAUAAUGUUGUGUGAUUGGAAGCCGACUGCGUGCCAGCACAAGGUUGCUGAAUAAUUGUUAAACUAAGUAAACUAGUUUGUUAAACUUACCUAUAGAUUAACAUGUGUUAAAAUAUUGCCUAUAUAAAUUAUAGUAAUUC